AUGCCGCGUGGCUCAAGGAAUUCGUCGUUGUCAGGCACAAUAUCGACGCCAUCAAGCUACGACUUCUGUAGUGAAAAGGAAGUAGUGCCUGGCACAGCACCGGAGGUCGUCCCCGGUGUAGGCCUGGAGCUAGCGCGCCACGAUGGCUUGGAAGUCCUGGUCCCCCCGCCUUCCCCGCCGCCGCGGACGAUACUGUUUCCCACGCGACUCGGGACGCCGAGAAGGCGAAUUGUUGUUAUUGCCAGCGCCGUGGCGGUUCUGCUUGCCAUAAUCGCGGGAAUUACUGCUGGGGUGGUUGUUGCGACGAGGAAAAAGAACGACGAUAGCAAUGACGACGAUAUACCCCUUGAUAUGGCAGGUAGCAAGAGUAUUUCGACGAUCAGCUGGGUCGACGGACGCAAUGAGACGCAAAUACGUCUCUAUUACAUUAGUGCCGAGAACGAAUUGAUGGAGGCUGUGGGCGGCCCGAACGGGACUUGGGAGCACACGCCGUUGGGCUUCACGGCCAUAGGAGGCUCUGAUGUUGCGGCAGCUGUCAAUCGGCCAAAUGAACGUCCGGACUUGUGGGGAUAUCCUGAUAUGUACGACGUGCUGGGUGUGGAGAGGGUGAUGGUGGACGGACCUUUGAAUGACGACCCUCUAAGCAUACAUGUGUACUACGUCGACACCAACUCUUUUAUCCACGAUAUCAUUUUUGAAGAUGGCCGUUGGCACGAUGGGGAUCUCGCGAGGAGUCAAUACGUUUCUUGCUGGAACUGCACUCUCAGCGCGUUUACAAGGCAAUGUUACGGCGGAUGUUCGGAAGCCUCCGCCAUGGUGGCCUAUCGCGACGAAAAAGGGGCUGUUACGGUUGCCAACCAGACUUUACUCGGCUGGACGAGGGAAACGCUCGAUUUGGAUAUUAGCCUAGAGAGUCGACUGGUUCUGCAGCAGCGGUACGACAAUUUCACUACGGACACGAUUGACCUGUACUAUCAGCACAGGAAUGUGUCUCUGGUCAGAGCAAGCUGGAGCCCGAGGCAACCGGGAGCUCAAGAAUACACCUGGUCACUCAUAGACUGGGUCUUUGAUGCUAUCCCUGUGAAAGUCCCGAUAACGGUCUAUUCGACAUAUACCUACUUGUCGUUUGAUUCCGGGGCUAGAGAAUGGAAGGAGCUGGCAUAUCUAUAUUGGGUGACAGACGAGGGGAUAAGAGCUACAUGCUGGGCUCGAAGUAGGCGGAUUUCAUCUGAGGGAGAGCUGCGUGUUCCCACGUGGGACACGACGGACCUGGGAAUCCUCCCUGUUACCAAGCCGGACCUUGUCCCCCCCGAGUCCUUUUGGCUUUCUUCCACCGGCGGUCAGCUCUUUAUCUCUGAGAGACUCAGAGAUCAGGCAUCUCAUAUUUUACAGCUGCGGUAUACCAACGGUACGCUACCGGAGAAAGCCGCCGAGGGUUGGGUUGUGACUGGGCCGCUUGAGGGGAUUGAAAGCAAUUGGGGAUACUAA